AUGUUCACCUCCGCGCUCAAGUCGUUCAAUUCGAACAUAUCCGCCAAUUAUCAAAUAUCGCCCAACCCCACCAUUUACUCAGGCCCCUGGAAGAUCCACGAUGCAAAGAAGAAGUCGACGGGAACCGCGGCUUCGGUGUUCAUCUUUGAUCGCAAGUCACUGGAGAGCCGCUCUGGUGGAUUUGGAAGAAGCUCCGGGUCAUCCAAUAAGAAGCUGCAGGAAGAUGUGAUUGAACGCCUCAAACGCGAAGCGAGCAAUCUCGCUCGUUUAAGACACCCGUCUAUCCUUCAGGUCCUGGAGCCUGUUGAAGAUACGAGAAAUGGCGGUCUCAUGUUCGCGACAGAACAUCUGACUGCUUCGCUUUCUGGGCUCCUUCUCGAGAAAGACGACCAAGGGAACACUACACGUGCUGGUUCGCGGGCAAGCCGGUACAUGGUCGAGGAAGCCGAUGGGACAAGGAGGAGAAGAGAUGUUGAGAUUGAUGAGUUGGAGAUUCAAAAGGGCCUCUUGCAAGUUGCCAAGGGUCUCGAAUUCCUGCACGAAUCCGCUGGCUUGGUCCAUGGAAACCUAAACCCGGAGGCUAUCUACAUCAAUGCCAAAUCAGAUUGGAAGAUCUCUGGUCUGGGAUUUGCAGGGCCUCCCGACUCCUCCGAAACCAAAUCUUCACUUCCGCCAUUGGCUGUGUCUGAGGUUCUUUACCAAGAUCCGAGAGUGCCAGCAUCCGUGCAACUGAACUUGGACUACACCUCGCCUGACUUUGCUCUCGACUCUAAUGUAUCUUCAGCCGCCGACUUGUUCUCUUUGGGUCUCAUCAUCAUCUCGCUAUACAACUCUCCGCACACCUCGCCUCUGCAAACACACGCCAAUCUAACUACAUAUAAGAAGCUCCUCAGCUCACCUUCCACCACACCGUCCCAAGGAAACAACUUCCUUUGUUCGAAUCCGAUCCCCAAUGGUGUUCUCACGCAUGUCUUACCGAGACUCAUCACUCGACGACCUGCCCAGCGAAUGAAUGCCCGCGAGUUCCAGCAAUCCCAAUAUUUCGACAAUGUGCUGGUUUCUACUAUCCGAUUUCUGGAAUCUUUGCCCACGAAAAGCCCAAGUGAAAAGACCCAAUUUCUUCGAGGACUACAGCGCGUGCUUCCCGAAUUCCCUGUUUCUGUGCUAGAGAGGAAACUUUUGGGCGUUUUGAUGGAUGAGCUGAAAGACCGUGAACUUCUCCCCUUGAUUCUCCAAAACGUCUUUGGGAUUUUGAAACGUAUUCCUAAUGGGCGUCGCGUCUUUCCCGAAAAGAUCAUCCCCGGCCUCAAGGCAGUUUUCGGGACUACGUCAAGCAAAACGCCAGCCGAGCGAGACUCCAAGAAGGACGCCGGUCUUAUGGUCGUGUUCGAGAACAUGAAACUCAUUGCCAGCAAUUGUUCAGGAAUGGAAUUCAAAGAUGAAAUCCUUCCACUGAUUCGGCUUGGGCUAGACUCACCGCAACAUUCUUUGGUGGACGCUUCCAUCAAAUGCCUCCCGGUGAUGCUGCCAGUUCUUGAUUUCAGCACCGUCAAGAAUGAGGUGUUCCCUCCCAUUGCUGCCACUUUCAGCCGUACCAGUAGCCUUGCCAUCAAGGUUCGCAGUCUUGAGGCAUUCAGUGUGCUUUGUGGAGCCUCGUCGGAUGAUUCCGAUGGUUUAGAUGAUGAUCUCUCUGGGGUUGUGGCGAACAAAGCCACAACAUCGAAAUCUUCGAUCCUGGAUAAGUAUACCAUCCAAGAGAAGCUGGUCCCUUCACUUAAAGCGAUCAAAACAAAGGAGCCUUCGGUGAUGAUGGCAGCACUCAAGGUGUUCCGUCAGGUGGGAAUUGUUGCAGACACUGAGUUUUUGGCUUUGGAAGUGCUUCCUGUCCUUUGGAGCUUCAGUCUCGGGCCUUUGUUGAGCCUGGGUCAAUUUAAUGACUACAUGGCCCUGAUCAAGACACUCUCAAACCGGAUUGAGCAAGAGCAGUGCAAGAAGCUCCAAGAGUUGUCCACCGGCACUGGGGCGGCUGGUUUCCAAAACGGGGCCAAUGAGCUGACCCAGUCCGCUACAGGCCUCAGCUCGCCAGAUGCAGAUGCUGCCGGCAGUUUUGAGCGCCUUGUCCUUGGAAAGAAAGCCUCGUCUGCCAAUGGUGAGGCUAUAGACAUGUGGGGCGGGAUGGAUUCUGCUCCAGCCAAAGCUACUCCCCCAAGCAUGUCGCCUUCCAUCUCCUGGUCUUCCAAUAAUGCCGGCAUGACCAACCAGGCCAGCACCCUGAGCUCUCAAUCUAACCUUGGUUUCCGUUCGAUUACUCCGGAUCAGAAACUGAGCUCAUUCCCCUCUCUGGCACCUGCUCCCCCUCGGCAGGCUUCGCCCAUUACCCAGCCGGCUGCCCAGCCCUUCCCUCCUCUGCAACCACAACCUUCAUCUUCAUCUAUAUGGGGAGCGCCAGCCAAUUCCACUACACGACCACAGAUGGGCGCACCUAGUCCGUCUUUGACCUCCAUGUCGACUAUGACCCCGUCGAAUUAUAUGUCCGGAUCUACCACGGCAGCACCUAACUACUCCUCGUUCUCAAUUCCCCCUCCCCCUGGUGGGGGCAUGGGCUCUAGCAGCACCAUGAGGUCUCCAUUGAGUCCUAGUACAAGGUCAACAUCCUUCCAAUCCGCAGCUCCACCCCCGCCAAUGGCGAGUCCAAAGCAAGGACUGGACAAAUAUGAAAGUUUGAUUUAG